CAAGAGCCUUCAAGUCAGUGCUUAGUGUGUGUGGUAGUAUAGUAAGAGAAGAUAAGAAAUGGAAAAUAACUAAAAUCAAAUGAGAAGGUCAUCAACUCGGAAUUACAAUACAAAGGAUUGAAUAAAUCUAAUAUAACAAUGAAGAUUUGGACAUCAGAACACACUUUCAACCAUCCAUGGGAGACUGUUGCUCAAGCAGCAUGGCGCAAAUAUCCCAAUCCUAUGAAUCCAGCCGUCAUAGGAACGGAUGUGGUCGAGAGGCGAGUGGUUAAUGGGGUACUGCACACUCACAGACUUGUCAGCUCCAAGUGGUUUUUUCCCCGAUGGGCGCAAGCGAUCAUAGGAACGGCUAAAAUAUGCUAUGCCAGUGAACAAUCUGAAGUCAAUCCCAAUCAGAGGCAAAUGACACUCAAAACAAGAAAUUUAACAUUCUGCCAUUACAUAGCUGUGGAUGAAACAGUGAGAUACACGCCACAUCCCACUGAUACCUCCAAAACACUCCUCACACAGGAGGCAGUGGUCACAGUCCAAGGUGUUCCACUGAGUAGCUACAUGGAAGAUCUUCUGGCAAACAAAAUAUCACUGAAUGCAGGAAAAGGAAGACAAGCUAUUGAAUGGGUAAUAGGCAAAUUUGACUCAGAGAUAAAGGAACUGGCCAGCACAGCCUGCAAGAGCACCGAUGAGCUGCUGUCACAGACAAAGAAGUCACUUGAUGACAUUACAUCCACUGCACGGAGAUCUAUGGAUGAUAUUUCAUCCAAGGCAAAAAGGUCUCUAGAUGAUAUCGAAAACUUCACCAAAGCAAAUGCUAACCAACGCAGCUGAAAAGAGGAGUGAAGGGACCCCCUUUAGUUCAAUUUUGAAAACACUACAAAAUGACUCAUGCUAAUUUAUUAUCAUUUGUAUUGUAAUGUGUAUUUAUUUAAUACAACAGUAGUUUAACAUUAUAGGUGACUACUAGGCGUGCAGAGUUCUCAACAGUCUAAUCAAAAGAUGUUGGUAUAGAUAUUUUGAUUUGAUUACAAACUGACCAAGGGAUUGUAAGAGAAAACACCAUUUGCAUUAAAGAUUUAAAUAAUGUAAGUUUGUUGGCUGAUGCAAUUACAUUUUAUUGUUGUGGAAUCGUUACACAAGUAUAAUAAUAUAUGUAAAUUAUAUGAUAAUCUGUGUGCUGAAUGGUGUGUUCUACAUGUAUCAGUAUACCUAUCUGUAUGUUAGCUUCAGCUUUUUAUUCCUGAGGUAUGGUAGGUUUAAGUUUUGUCACAAGGCAUAGGGCACUGUUUCUUAUUAAACUAUAUUCUAGUGUGAAAAAGAAUGGGUGCUGCCAGCUAUAACAUGCCACCUCUAAUGUAGAUAGUUCUUUAAUUCCAUGUCACUAGGUACAAAGGGUAAUUCCAUUUAUCUUGAUAAUAGUCACUUGAAACAAUAUAAAUGUUAGCAUACUGUAAAUAAUUUAUUUAAAUGGAUGUUUUGUUUUUGUUGAAAGAGUGUUACACAAGGUUUUUUUACGGACUAUAACUAUUGUGACACAAUGCAAAGUUAAUGCUGAUAAUUAUUAUAGAUACCUACAUUUUGGUUAUAAUAAAUUCAUGAAUAUUUAUAUCGGCA